CUACCAGACGUUCGGUAUACCGUCUCUGAAGAUUUAGUCAAAAAAAUCGGUACCGGAAGUGUGCAAAGUGCCUUUGAUAGUCUAAAACGAGUAUCUGAAUGUUUGCAUAUUUUAGGAACUUUUUGCAUUUUACUCUCAGUUGUUUCGUGUGAAUUAAUUGUGAAAAUGUGAAUCUUUCUACUGAACAUUUACAAUUCAAUAAAAGCUAAAUCCCAAGCACGGUGUGCGUAUCAAACGAAUUACAACACACAAAACGUGUUUGGGGGAAUUGAGACUCCGACUAACAUCAAAUGGAAGAGAAGCUCCAAAGAGCCUCACAAGAGCUGCACACCUUCGAUGGCAUAGCGGAGUGAAGGUCUUGCAGUCAGUCGCCUGAGUGUUCAGUAGUGACUCCCGAAGCCCCAAACAGACGACUUGGACGCCACUCAAACGCUACAAGCUCACUCGCGAGCGGUUACACGCCUAACAUUUCCGUUUUGAAUCCAUUACGGCUCAGCUCAAAGCCACCCCCAAACGCUACAGCCACGAUAAUGCCAGUGCAAUACUAAUGGUCCGAUCCAAUGUGGGAAUCAGUAGUCGGCACUGUUUGUCCAUGUCCAGUCCAUCCGGUUCGGUGGUGUCUACACCUCUAGUGCUUCCCGAACGUCCGAAUAACAAUAAAUCCAGCGCUUAGAACGCAUAUGGUUGCAGUCUUGGACGCGGUCUCGAGUUCUAAUCUUGCUAAGGCUCCAGUGGGCAGUAGGCUCCAAUCGCUCAGCAAUUGCAAUUGCCGUCUUGCAGUUUUCCGAUAUUUGCAGUACGAAAACGAGGGAGAACUAGCUUCCGUCGCGGUCUGGAAAAUUAUUAACCAAAAAUUCACAAUUCUUCGUCUACGCUCCUACGUCUAGCGUGAACGUUGCAGAGAAAUUCGUUUUGUUGUGGAAUUGAAAACGAAAUCGAGAGUUUUUGUGUUUGAUCGGUUUUUUCGUGGAGUUUUUUCGGUAUUUGGAGAUUCACUUCUUUCGGUUGGUCAGUUUUCUGUGUCACAUUAUAUAACUCGCAAUUUUUUUGGAAUUAAUAGUUGCAACACAUCAUAAUCAUAACAUAAUAGAAUUUAUUCGAUUUGGGUUAGCGAUUUCCAUUUUCCGGUAUUUUAUGAUCCGAUCUUAAUCUUUGACCGGUUUUUUUAAAAAUUUGGUGCAGUUAAUACUUGAACUAAGAAGUGUGGGUGCUCACUAUCUCUUAGAACUUGAAGUAAAUUUAUCUAAUUUUCAAACAACCUAAAUUGAGAAGUAACCAUCUGAAACUAAGAACAAUCUUAAGAAGAUGACGUCACAAGUAAUGAACGGAAACGGAAAAGCUUUCCACGACAGCGACGUCGGAAAACCACCUGAACCAAAUUUCGCCAUGACAACAUUGCAAACUGUUUUGGAUUUCAUCUUGUUCAUCUCCGUCUCGAUUGGAUACAUCUUACAGGAUCUCUACUAUAUGGCCUUAGGUUACCCUGAAAAGGACCUUAAAAAUGACAUAGCUUUAGUGACAGGUGGUGGCAGUGGAAUUGGACGAUUACUAGCGACCCGUCUAUCUAAAAUGGGUACAAAAGUUGUUAUUUGGGAUAUCAAUCAACAAGGCAUUAACGAAACAGUCGAUAUUGUACAAUCUACGGGCGGCUAUUGCAAGGGUUACGUUGUGGACAUAUCAAAGAAAGAGGACGUGUACAAGGCAGCUGACCAAGUUCGGAGAGAUGUUGGUGAUGUAACUCUUCUAAUCAACAAUGCUGGAGUUGUUUCUGGAAGAUUGUUGUUAGACACACCAGAUCAUCUGAUUGAGAGGUCAUUUAACGUCAACGUUAUGGCACAUUUUUGGACCACUAAAGCCUUCUUGCCACAGAUGAUAGAGAACGACUGCGGGCAUAUCGUCACUAUUGCAUCUUUAGCUGGACAUGUCGGAAUUUCAAAAUUGGUUGAUUAUUGUGCCAGCAAAUUCGCCGCGGUUGGAUUCGAUGAAGCUUUGCGACUAGAACUUGAUGUCUUGGGUCAUCAAGGUGUCCAGACAACAUGCAUUUGUCCUUAUUUUAUUGGUGCUACCGGAAUGUUCGAUGAUGUUAAUGCGAGUAGAUGGGUGCCCAUUCUCAAAGCUGAAGAUGUUGCUGAUCGCAUCAUUAAAGCAAUCAAAACUAAUGAAAAAGUUGCUGUGAUACCAGGAUAUAUCAAAAUACUCUUGUCGUUGAAAUGGGUCUUCCCAUGGGGAUGCAAUUCCCAGUUCCUCCGUCGCUUAGUGCCAGACGCAGCCCCACAUCAGGUAGCACCUGUGAAAUGUGCACCCACUCCAACAAACGACUCUACGAACUACAAAAUCAAUCCAAAUACAGAUAUCUCAAAUGGCAUUGGCAAAUCAGCAGCAAUGCUCGUUAAAAGGACCCCAUCAGUGGGUGAGCGUGUUCUCUGAGACCGUGUUAUUCCCAUCCUGGCGGGAAUUUUACUCUACUAUCUGCUACUAAGUUAAUUGUUUAUAUGUAAUCUUAUGUAGAUAGAUGCAAUAUUAGAUUUAUAAAUUAUCAAAAUGAAUUACAGGAAAAGAUAGUUUUUCAGUUGCAAAUUUUUCCACGAAGAAAACUGUAUUAUUGUCCUAUAGUGUUGUACUAAAGGAAGACAAUAAUAUCAAGUUUUGUUCCAAUUUUUUGAUUGAAAAUUUGCAAUUGAAAGAUGAAUGCAGUUCACAUUUAGAUAAAUGUUCAUAAGUAUCUGAAUGAUGAAUGGGUCGAAGAAGUUUUCAGAAAAAUUUAAGAGUGCCUUUGUGCAUAUAAGAGACGAUGAAGAGUUGAAAUUAAAGCUUUAGACUAUCAGAGUUAGUUCAUCAUAGUAAAAGUAAUCAGACUCCAGGUGCUGAUUCGAAAAAGUUCUGGUAGAUAGGGUUUAAAUUUUAUUAGAAACCUAGUUUAGUCUAACAGAUAAUCAAGGUAUAAUGUUCAGCUAAGCCAUUAAAGCUGAGAAAAAUGAACAUCUGAAUAUCCAGUUGCAAAAAAGGAAAACAGUUAAAUAGUUUGAAGUCCUUUGCAGUUAUAGUAGCCAUUUGAAAACAUUUUCAAUUUCGAAAAUGUACCCAGCUGAAAGUAAAUUGGACAACACAGCCCAAUACGAGGAUGUUAUUGAUCCACAUUUAUUGAAUUAAAAUGUAUCUAAAUUAAUACAUUAUAGCAAGUCCAUACCAAAAUAAAAAGUAAUACGGGAAAAUGAUCAAAAAGUAACUAACACACUCUUUAGCUAGUACAUAAAUAUUAGAUAUACUUAUGUGAAUGUAUCUCUAAGAAUUUCAGAUACUAAAAUCUCGUGAAUGCAAAGACGGGUUGCAUAGGUAUUGACACUAACCAAAAACCCUUCGAUUUUGUACUUAGUUAGUUGAACUUACCAAAACAUUUGCUAGGUUAAUUUUCCGUAGAAAAUAAAUUCCCACAGAACCUUUUGUAUGAAAAGUCCCAAUUGAAUUGCAUGGGUUUGUGUCUCCAUUAUUGAAAAAUCGGCGAAAAAAAUUAAAAAUCUUUUACUUCAAAUAUAUUCUACGUCGAACUUUACUAAUUUCAAAUUGUCCAGCUAUGAUAGUCAUGUAUAUAAUCGAUUUGUACAAUUUGUAAUGCAGGAUUAUCUGUUAAGUUGAUAUUGGAGAAAUAAACAUUUGAAUUCA